CACUUCUGCCAGCGAAGGACUCUCCAUUUUUCCAGAGGUCAAAGCAAAAGCACUUAGAAUCUCAUGAUUUAAGGAACCUCAGAGAUUGAUUCAUCAAAAUACCCUCUGGAGCAGGACAUGGCUCCUACCCUCGGUCAUUUGAGCCCAUCCUUGUUGUAGGAGUGUGUGCCUUCAUAGGCUAAAGAUUGAAAGGUUGGAGAAUGCCACUGAACCGUGUCGAAGAGUGAUGUAGGAGUGGGAGCUCAUCGGGAAGAAAAUAUUCAGGCAGCAUAUAGAGAAAUAGAGGCACAACUACCAGGACCAUUUUGUUCGCAGUCUCUCUCCUUGGGUAGCUGAAUGCCCCUGAAGGCUUGGAAGGUCUUGCUAGUUAUUAUGGACCUAAAUAAGGCAAGACCAGUGGAGGAAAAGAGUUGGCCUUGGCUUUCUGACAAACCUGGUCCUGAUGAUUCAUGGCCUACAUCAGCUAGCCAAGACUUAGAUUUCGGUACCAAGGAAGGAACAGCAAAGUCAGCAACGGAAGCAAAGGAAGAUGGUGUUGGUAUUAUUGAAAAUGUGCCACCAGAGCAAACAGUUAAUGGCAGUUUGACUUCUGCUGGUGGAGUGCAUAAAAAUGACAGAAGUGAUACGAUGUCAGCAUUAGAACUAGGAGAAGAGGAAGAUGUAGAAUCACCUUCUCUUCCUGAGGUACUGUCUUCUUCUUAUUUUUGCAAGAAGCACAGGAUGGACAUGCAGAGGCCAUAAGACAUGCUGAGAAGGUGAAAGAUCAUAUGCAAAAGUAGAAUUUUGCCCUCAGAGAAAAUAGCGCUACCUUCAUCAGAGAAACCAGAAUCUGAAACCAGAACACUCAAUUGACAUGGCCCCCACCAGAGGGCACCUGAGCCAGUUUCCAGGGUGCUCUCUAUACAGCAAUUGGAUACCCCCAAACAUCUUCCUUGGAAUCACUUAUGAGCACAAGGAUUUUCCAGGAAAACCUUAGUGAAGACUCUGCAACUCAGAAGAACUAAAUCGAUGUCUAAAUUCAAUCCACCCUCAGGUCACCAGGCAAUAGUGCUUAUUAUAUUCUGGAACUUAAUGCACUGACUCGAAAACUCAUUUGAAGGAACAGCCAAGGAUUUUCAGGUGCUUAGCCAAUUUAGGCUUUUCUAGUGUUCAGAAUACUUUGAAGAUCAACGAACAAAACAUCGUGUUACUGGUACACCAGACAAAGCAGAACUGAGUUUGGAGUUAGAGCCAAAGGAACGCACGGGUUUCUGCAGAAUUACGAUGGGACUUCAAAGCAGGGGCAAGGUUAGGAUUAUUUUAGAAAUGGUGUCAGAUAACUCUCUCUGAGUUAAAAUGAGUGUCCACUGGAAACUAAUGCAAUGCUGUUACGCUAACUGGAAUUAAACUAAAAAAGUUAAACAAUGAAA